CUGAUGCCUUAUCUAGUUGUAAAUGAUCUAAGAAAGAGAUAUUCUGCAAAAUGAUUGACGUGAAUGUGCAUCUGUCAUUGUCGCUAUCUGUCAUUGUCGUUAAACGACCUUGUUGCACUUACAGAGUCGUCACCUGAGUUUAUAAACGUCAAAAAAUGUGAAAGGCAAAGUAGAUUUUGUGAAAAUCGAGAAAUGGUGGAAAGUGAUACCUUUGAAAAUAAACAAAACGACACACAGGCUGAAGAUGAUGUUCGUAGGAAAGAAAAAAUGGAACGAGAAGAGUACAUGGAAAAACUGAAGAAAUGGCUUGACGAUGCUAGGUUAUGGCAUUACAAUAUUUGUGCAGGACUUCCAGUUCACAGUGGUGAUAACAGUACGAUCCCAGAUGAUACAAUUCACCAAGUACCAAACGUAUAUGCUAACUUAACACAUUUGAAUUUAUGGAACCAGAAUGCACAGAACCUUUUUCAACAGAGAUUUCUUUUCAAUGGUCCUGACAACAGAAAUUUACAAAAUGUUUUUCAGACAGGUACUCAUAUAUUCCAACAAAAUCCAACACCUAGUACAUAUGAAUUUGUGAUACCACCAUUAUGGAAGAGAGCAAUUGCAGAACUCAUGGAUUUCUUACUUUUGUUUCUCUUUAAAAUGGCUCUAACAUUUGUACUCUUGGAAAGUUUUGAUAUAAUAGGUAUGGGAUUUUAUGGAUUUGAAUUAUUUCAAAAGAAUUUGGAAAAUCCACAAGUGGCAAUGCCAAUGGCUAUGGAAUUAUUAACUCUGGAAUUACUUCACCGCAUUGUUGUUUGUGCAUAUGAGACCUAUUUUCUCCAAGGACGAUUUUUUGCUACACCAGGAAAGAGGUACAUGGGAUUGAUGGUCAUAACAGCAGAAAGCAUAACACCUGUGCCUGGUAGAUUGACAGAAACUAUUGUAGCUACAGGUGCAACUCCUUUAGGAUGGCAUAAAUCACUGACCCGCUCUGCCUUGAAAAACUUGUUUGUGGGAUUAUUUCUACCAAUGUGUGUGGCAUUUUAUAUUUUCCCUCAUAACCGUACUGGAUAUGACAUGAUGUCCAAUAGUGUGGUGGUUGAGUAUCAUCAAGAAUUCAUGUUGUAUAAUGCUAUUUGAACUGUUGAUAUGGCCAAAAUAUAUGUGAUAUGUUGUUUUC